UUUAAUCAUUUCAAUUCUAAUCUUUGUUUAAGCACUAUUUUGACUUAGAAACUUAACUAUGAGUAAAAAAAGUAUUAUAUACUUGGCGAUUUUCUUCUCUGCCUUCGUUUGCACUCUUGCCGCCGAGGAUUGCAAUCCUGAAUCAGAUGGCAAACCGGUUUGUUCAGAGCGUAAUAAUGGCAUGAGAUUUCGCAAUUACUGGGAUCCUACGAAGUAUUGGUCGUGCAAUGACCUGAAAGCUGUAUCGAAUGGUUGUCAACCUUCUAAAUUAUACGACGAAAAAUCACAAGAUUGCAUAAAUUGGUAUGAGUGGGUUUGGAGUCAUCCGUGCCCUGAAUUAAGUGCAGGCGAAAUAUUUUAAGUUAAAUAUUUUAAAUUCCAUAAGAUUAAUACGCAGCGUAUGAAUCAUCAGAUAUUACGAAGAUCACAUAGAGCAUGUUUAAAAAUACCAUAAAUUCCCCCUUUCUAGUUGAGCAUAAUUCUUCUUAAGUGUCGUUUAUUUAUUUUGCAAUUAUUUACGUAUACCCUCAUAGGCAUAUAAAUGGAUAUACUUUUGCUCUAAAAAUAAAAUCCUUUAUUUGUAUAGA